UCUGCUAUUUGAAGUUCUUUGGUCGUAAAUCACUAAUGUUUUUGUGAGGAGAGAGGAGUUGCGAAAAUGCAGAAGUAUUUGGCACUUGAUAAAAUUGCGAGACUUUUUGAAAUAAUAAAAGUAAAUGGGGGAAUACGAGGCACUUUAUACAAACUAUAUAGGAUGGAUGAUGCGAAAGUUGGCACUUUGAUAGGAGAAGACAAGUAUGGUAACAAAUAUUAUGAGAACAAGAUGUACUUCUAUGGUCGGAAUAGGUGGGUUGAAUAUGCUGAUAAUGUGGGUGUAGAUUAUGAUGGAAGUCAAGUUCCAGCUGAAUGGUUUGGAUGGUUGCACUACAAAACUGACUUCCCUCCUUCAAGAGAUCCUCACAGGCCCAAGUAUCCUUGGAUGCUUGACCAUACAGAAAAUAAAUCUGGCACUGAAGGUGCAUAUAUGCCUUACAGCACAACAGUACCAAAAAUUCAGGCAUGGGUUCCACCGAAGCCUAGUCGCUAAUUACUGUGUGACACUCAGAGACGAUAAUUAGUGUAAAUAUUUUUAUGUUAAUUAAAUCAAAUUUGAAAACAUAA